AACGGCUAGAAAGAACAAAUAUAGAUCAUAGAUGGUAGAGAGAAAGAUAGAGAGCCUUUGCUUCUAAUUAUAGUUCCUUAAUCUCUUCUCCUCCUUCGAAGCCAUUUCUCCAAACCCAAAAAGAGAAACCAUCAGGAUUCCUCUCUUUCCAACAAUCUUCUCUUCUCUUCACCAAGUCUUCUGAAUAUCUCCAAGUUCUAAGUUUCGAUUGUUUUUGCUUGUAACGCAAGGCUGAUGAGUCAAGGAUCACCGGGGAGAAGGUUUCUCCGCCGUUGAGAAACCUUUCACUAAAGAACAAAGACUCCAUCAUGGCAGACUCUCCGGAGAAUUCACCUCCUGCCCCGGAAACCCCUAAUGCAGGUUCUCUGUCAAAUGGCACAUCGCCGUUAACAUCACCUGCUUCAUCUCCACCGUCCCCUGAUUCUGCUCCUCCUCCAACGCCAACAGCUUCUUCAACUCCGCCUGCACCACCGACGCAGGAAACCUCCCCUCCCCCAUCAUUGCCAACAUCUCCUCCAGCUGUACCUAAUCCACCAGCUAAACCUCAAGAGAAUCCUUCUCCACCUUCUCCUCAAAUCUCAUCUCCUGUAACGCCACCUGCACCUCCUCAAGCACCAUCCAACCAAUCACCUCCUCCACAAAGACCAUCUCCUCCUUCUCCUGUUGCAAAUGAUGACCGUAACAGAAUCAACAGUAACAACAGAGAAGGUUCCACACCGUCUCCACCGUCUGGAACUUCUGAAAAUGAUGACCGUAACAGAAUCAACAGUAACAACAGAGAAGGUUCCACACCGUCCGGAAACAGAAGGUCCAGUGACGGUGGCUCACCUUCACCGCCUCGGUCUAUAAGCCCUCCCCGGAAUAGUGGAGAUUCAGACACGUCAUCACCACCAGGGGAACAACCGCACCAAGCCAACCUUGGAUUGAUUAUUGGAGUCAUUGUAGGAGCAGGGUUACUGCUUCUACUUCUAAUGUUUAUUUGCAUCUGUUGCUACAAGAAGAAGAAGGAGAAACGUGCUCCUCAAGUCAACCACAUGCAUUACUACAACAACAACACUCCCUUUGGAGCACCCAACGGUAAUGGUGGCUAUUACAACAAUGGAACACCUCAAGACCAUGUAGUGAACAUGGAUCAUAGCGACAGCUCUAACUUAGCCGGUCCAACCGCACCGUCGCCUCCAGCUGCGACUCUUGGUCACAACCAAAGCACUUUCACCUACGAUGAACUGUCCAUUGCAACAGAAGGUUUCUCUCAGUCUAAUCUGCUAGGACAAGGAGGAUUUGGGUAUGUUCAUAAAGGAGUUUUGCCCAAUGGCAAAGAAGUUGCAGUGAAGAGUCUUAAACUUGGAAGUGGACAAGGAGAACGUGAGUUUCAAGCAGAGGUUGAGAUCAUUAGCCGUGUCCAUCAUCGUCAUCUUGUAUCUCUAGUUGGAUAUUGCAUCUCUGGUGGUCAAAGGCUAUUGGUUUACGAGUUUUUACCUAAUAACACCCUUGAAUUCCAUCUUCAUGGAAAAGGUCGUCCAGUAUUGGAUUGGCAUGUACGAGUGAAGAUUGCAUUGGGAUCAGCUAGAGGCCUUGCAUAUUUGCAUGAAGACUGUCAUCCUCGAAUCAUCCAUAGAGAUAUCAAAGCUGCAAAUAUUCUUCUUGAUUUUAGUUUUGAAACUCAGGUUGCAGAUUUUGGAUUAGCUAAGCUAUCUCAAGACAACUACACUCAUGUCUCCACUCGUGUCAUGGGGACUUUUGGAUACUUAGCUCCAGAGUAUGCGUCAAGCGGAAAGUUAUCAGACAAAUCUGAUGUUUUCUCAUUUGGGGUAAUGCUUCUUGAGCUCAUAACCGGACGACCUCCAGUGGACCUAACCGGAGAAAUGGAAGACAGCUUGGUCGAUUGGGCAAGGCCUCUGUGUUCUAAAGCAGCUCAAGAUGGAGAUUACAGCCAGUUAGCAGAUCCGCGUCUAGAGACAAACUACGAUCAACAGGAGAUGGCUAGAAUGGCUUCUUGUGCAGCUGCAGCCAUCAGACACUCGGCAAGAAGACGACCUAAGAUGAGUCAGAUUGUACGAGCACUAGAAGGAGAUAUGUCAAUAGAGGAUCUAAGCGAGGGAGGAAGAGCAGCACAAAACACUCAUUUGAGCCCUGGAACCGGGAGCUCGGAGUAUGACACGAGAUCGUACAGUGCAGACAUGAAAAAAUUCAGGAAGUUAGCAUUAGAGAGUAAAGAAUAUCAAACCGGUGAGUGUGGCUUAAACCCAUCAGCUUCAAAUAGUGAAGAAAUGAAGCGCAAUCCUCAAUUUUAAAAACACACUUCUCAUACACUUUCAUCUGUUUUGCUAAGGCUUUUGUUCCUUAAUUUGUUUGUUUAAUUCAUUCUGCCUCAAGGAAUUGCAGUUUCAAAAAAUCAGAAACUAUGAUGUUUGUUUUAGAACCAGAGAGACUAUAGUGUGUUUUGUUAGAAACUUAUAGCACAAAGCCUUGAGCCAUAAAGUUAUGGUUUAGUGGUGGAUAAGCAUAAUCAAGAUUUUUACUAUGGUGUUUAUCGUGUUCUUGUAUUAACUAUCUCUAGAAGAGUAUUUAUCUAUCUAUUUAAACAAUAAAAUCAUGGAUGUCCCUUCUGGGACUAAAUACUAGAGGUAUGAAAUUAAGGAUUCCUUAACGUUUUAACAUAUGUUUCUGAGAUUUGAGUCCAAGCUAACGUACGUAUUAAAAAAACAUAUU